GGGUCUUUGAGGCCAGACGUGAUUCCGUACAUUUAGGCGAGGAGGCGGUACGCUGUGGCGUCCCUAACAACGCGCGUCACCUGGUUAGUUAAAUCUGCGAAUUAAAUAUUGGAGUGGAGCUCUUGUGAACACUAAGGCCGUUUUAAAUCCAUUCGUAUUUUAGAAGUGCUAAGUACCGCUCUAGGAUCAAUUGUUUUUUAAAAAGUUGAUCUAUCUGAUGACCAGGUAACCAGGAGGAUGGCCCUGUCCGAAGUGUUCAGGCCAAGCGACGGUGACCUCCUCGUAAGAGAUCAUCUGGCUCACGGCCCUCCAGUCUCAGUGGACACUUACAAGAAAGAUGACCUACGGCCACAGACGCAAGGUGGCUACAGAUUCGGACAGAUGAGUCACAAUUCCUUCUUCACCAGACACAAUCCCCACCCAUCCAGAGUCCGCCAUUUUAAAGGACUCUUGGAUGUACCUAUCUGUACAGUCAACGAUGACGGGUAUUUUGCCAAUCCGAGAUAUUCCCUGCAGUUCCCGCCAAGUAAUUACGACAACACAAAACUGAAGCAGACAUGGAGGGGUCGGAUACCAGUGAACGCUAUCAACAUCAACAGUCAGCUCCUCCCUAUCAACACUAUCACUGGUAUGCAGUAUUUCACUGGACUCAACAGUUACCCAUUCCGAGAGAAGGCUAUUCCCCGGGUAGGACUCGUUCCAGUAACAGAAGCUUGGAGAGACGAACUGGCGGCAUUUACAAAGAGUUUACUUCAAGACAAUGAGGCUCUACAGAAAGAACUGUCCGCUGACCAAAGGGCAGAGGAAGAUAAGCGACCGCGGUCAACUAUGUACUCCCCGGAAACUGGACGGCUUAUCCCACCACCGUCUCGCGCCAUGUCCAGGGGUGCGUCAAGAAGAGGGCGUGGCAAUCAGCAGUUUGUGACCGGAAGUUUGCAGCAUAUAUCUGCAGACCCUGACCUUGAGAAUAUAGUCAUGGUUAUGUUGUGUCAAAUUCUUCAGACAGAUGACCUUAACGCUGUGCAGGCUUGGCUCUGCUCAGCUGGACCCAGAGAGAAGGAACUAGUUAUGGGCCUUGUGAAGACUGCCAUUGCAGGCAAGGACGAGUACUACAAACAAUAUCCUGCAGAAUACAUAACAGAUAACGGAAGAGAAAAAUUACCUCCCAUUAAUGGGAAGUCCAGUGGUGAGGUUAACAGACUUGUGCUUGAUGACACAAAGCCAGAACUAAAAUCAGAAGUAUGGCAAAAGGUUCAAAAUGUUGAGCAGAAACAAGAAGUCAAUGUUGACACCAUUACCAACCAGACUCAAGAAACCCAAGCAGCUAGUUCAGAGAUCCAGGAAGCCUCCCAGCCAGUUAAGCCAGCAUCACCAGUACUGAGGCGAUCAAAGACUACACUCCAACCAGCAAUGCUGCAGCCCAGACAGGAAAAAUCAUUCAGUGCUAAAGAGAAGACGGACAGCACAAAGAAACAGAACCAGGCACCUAAACUUCAAUUAAAGUAUUCUAAAGCCCAGCCUACAGACAAGAAAGAGCCCAUGUGGUCUCAAAACCAAUCAUUAAAUACAUUUUAAAUCUAAAUACAAUUCCAAUGUUUAAAAAACAAAUGUUCAACACUUCUAGCAUUAAAUAUUUCAAAAUGUGAUCAAUAUAAGAAAUACUGACAGUUCUAUUUUAGUUAUUUUAAAGUUCUAUAAUCCCAUUCUUACAAAGAGAUGAUGUGAUAUGUAUGAUCUGAAGAGGUUAACAUUUUGGAAGUCUCCAAAUUAAUAUUAAUGUUUAGUGGUCAUAAUUUUACAGGAUUACAAAAAAACAACACAAAAAAACAGCCCUAACCCUAAUUUCAACUUUGAUUUAAAGCUGCUUUGAAAUCAGGAAAAUGCUUGAUUUUUUUUUUGUUCAAUCCAAAAAUUUAAUUUGGCAAGUGUUGAUACCAGUUUAAAAAUUGUACAUGUCUUGAUGCAUGACAAAAAGUUUAGACAACAGCUAAUUUUGCAAACGAUAGAAUGGAAAUAUCCCAAUAUAAAGGAAGGAGUUUUAUAAUCCUAAAUUCUAUAACAAUCAGUAUUAUUGUAAAACUGUGAUAUGAUCUAUUAAUUACAUUAAUUAUUAUUUUAAGUAAUAUUAUUUUUUUUAUUUAAUCUAGAGUCUCACUGAAUAAUACAAGCUAUUUUUGGAAGUUUUGAAGCUUAAAACACAGUAUGCAUUUUUUUUUUGUUUCAUGUACCGGGUAGUUACUUCUAAAAUAUUUUUUAUUUUGCAAAUUUGCAUAAUGAUAAUCAUUAAUACAGAAUUUUCAUCUUUAAAUGUUAAAUAAUUUUAUUUUACAAUUUUAUUUUAAGUUACUGUAUGCUGUGUUAUUGUAUUUUAAUCAAUUGUGUCAAAAUGUAAAAUAAAAAAUUGAAAUAAAAAAAAACUAAAACAAAAUG